UAUGAUGGUUUUUAAGAAUUUCUAAAUUUAGACUUCUAAGUUCAAUAAUCUGUCAAAAUAGCUUAAAUCCGAAUGAAAAGAGAAUUGAAAAUAUGAAAGAUGACCAAAUUAAAAUACGCAAUAUGAUUCUUAUAAAAGAUUUGAUUAAUUCAGAUUUACAAAUAUUUGAGGUAAUUUAAUUAUUGCUUGUAAUGAAGUCUGGUGAAAUAAAUCAAAACAUGAAUGAUGAUACAUCUCUUUCAUCUGAUGAUGAAGAACAGACCUCUAAAAUAAUAGAGAAUGAUCCUACAGGUCGCUUUAGUAAGGUAUUAAAAUAAUAUAAUUUUUAGUACAAUGAAGAGAUAGGAAAAGGAGCAUAUAAGAGUGUUUACAGAGGAUAUGAUAAUGAAAGUGGAUGUGAAGUAGCAUGGAAUGUAUUUUAAUUAAUGAAUGUUUCUGAGAGUAUUUUACAAUCCAUAUUAUAUAUUAGAUGAAAUAAGAAGAGCUAGAUAAGAAAUUGCAAUAUUGAAAACAUUGAAACAUAAGAAUAUAAUUAGUUUUAUUCAUUCUUGGUAAAGUAAAUAGAAGAAAGAAAUUGUUUUUAUAACAGAAAUUGUUAAUGGAGGUUCAUUAAAAAAGUAAGUUUCAAAGUAUUAUAAAAUAGUUACCUUAGGAGAAUUACAAGACCAAAGUUUAAAGUUAUAAGAUAUUGGUGUAAAUAGAUUUUGGAAGGAUUGGAAUAUAUGCAUUAACAAAAUAUUAUCCAUAGAGAUUUGAAAUGCGAAAAUAUAUUGAUUGACACAAACAAUAAUGAAUUAAAAAUAGGUGAUCUUGGUUUAUCAAUAUAGUAAUCAUAAAUAAUUAAUUAAGAGAAUGUAAUCAAAUAAUACAAGUUCAGUAUUGGGAACUCCAGAAUUUAUGGCUCCAGAAAUUUAUCAUGGAAAUUAUGAUACUAAGGUUGAUAUCUAUGCUUUUGGAAUGUGUAUUCUAGAAAUUGUGACUGGAAUGAAACCUUUUUGUGAAUGUAAAGGUGGAACUGGUUAAGUCAUCAAAAAAGUUAUGGAAUCUCAAAAACCUUAGAGUUUAGAGGUUAUUUUGAAUGAAAAAAUUAAAUCCAUUAUUUUAGAGUAAAAAUAUAAUAUUAAAUUUAGAUGUCUCAAACCUGCAAAUGAGAGACCUACUGCCACUUAACUCUUACAUUAAUAUUUUUAAUCCACUAAUAAUGAUGAAGACAAUUCUCCUGUUUAAUUAAAUGAAUCUCUUUUGAAUUAGAUUUCUCAUGAUAGCAAAAGUAUAUUAUUUCUAUAUUUUCUAGAUUCUUCCUUUUUCAAAAAUAACUUAUCUAAAAACAUCACUGAACUUAAAGGAAAUACUACCAAUAACAUUAAUAAUAACCUUACCAAUUAAACUAAUAAACUCAUCCUCUUUCAUGAAUUCAAUCCUAAUUCUAUGAAACAAUCUGAAGUAAGACAUUGUGAAUAAUAAAAUAAGUUAAGCAUGGAUACUGCUGAUGAUUUCUCUAUUGAAUAAUAAUUUGGCAAAUAAUAUAAAGAAUAUUAUGUAUAAUCUUAUUAUAUAUAUUAUAGAUUACAUAAAAUGAUGAAACCCUAUUAGAUUUAGAAUAAAGAUAAGAGAGAGAAUUACAAUUAUUAUUAUCAUUGCAUAAAUAACAAAAAGCAGAUCUCUCUAAUAAACUUUAAUAAACAAAUAGAUCAAUUAUACCAUAUGGAUCAGGAUUUUUAUCAUCAAAAUCAUUCUCUACAUUAUUUGAGUUUAAUAAUGAUUAGAUUUAAUAAAUAUAGGGAAAUUAAUAGUAAUCUCAAAUAUUGAAAGUAUUUCCUAUUAGUGAUAGUACUAAUUCAGAAGAAAAUGGAAGGAAAACAAACAAUAAAGAAGAUGACUCGAAUAUUAUUUAAUCAGUAAAUUUAAAUCUUAUAUAUUAGAAACAACCAUGUAAAUUUUCUACAGAUGUUGUUAUGUAAUCAAAAGUUUAAAAUGUCAGAACUCCUAUUUAAGGUUGA